GUGGAGUGCAAGCACUCAAAAAACAUAACCGGCCGCUGACCGUGUGCACGACAAAGCACCAACGUUGUUUCCUCAAAAUUUCAUUCAUCAUCAAUUGUCUCAAAAAUCAAUCUUUUUUUUAUCAUGUAAAAAUUAAGUUACAUGUGACAAUUCAGUUUCUCUUCUUCUUCUCUGACUUUUCUCAAAUCACUGUUCCUGUACCAUACCAUUCAACCCCUCUCAUCAACACUAUCUCUAAUUUGCGAUAAGAUCCAAAAAAAAAAAAACACCCUUUAUCUUCUAUUCUUCAGUAAAGUCUCCAUUUUGUUAAGACCCAUGUUCCAUAAUCGUGUUCUUACCAACCUCACAUAUUCAAAAGUUGACUCAACUUCAAUUUAGAUCCAUAGCGUAGAGGGUGUUUUUUUAUUGUAAAUUUCAUAUUUUUGAGUGUUUUAAGCAAGAUGCAAUCGAGGGGUGUGGCAUCUGAAGAAGGAAAAUCAAGAGGGUUAUCACUAGGAUCAAUGCGUUUAUUUGUUGUUUUCAUUGCUCUGUGUGUUGUGUUUUCUGUGAUAAGCAUAUAUACUAUUAAGCAUUUUGGAAUUAAGAGUGUGGUUACUACAAUGAGUUCAACUUUUCAGCCAUGUGUUGAGGAACAUGGUGGUUUGGAACAAUGGAUUAAACCUCCUUCAAAUCUGAUCCAUAAUAUGAGUGAUAGUGAACUUCUUUGGAGAGCUUCUUUGGUUCCUAAGAUUAAAAAUUACCCUUUUCGAAGAGUUCCAAAGAUUGCUUUUAUGUUCCUUACUAAAGGACCAUUGCCUCUUGCACCUCUUUGGGAGAGGUUUCUCAAAGGGCAUCAGAGUCUUUAUACUAUUUAUAUUCAUCCUUUUCCUUCUUAUCAAGCUCACUUUCCUCCUUCAUCUGCUUUCUAUAAGAGGCAAAUCCCUAGUCAGAUUGCCGAGUGGGGAAGAAUGAGCAUGUGCGACGCGGAAAGAAGACUACUUGCCAAUGCAUUACUCGACAUCUCCAACGAAUGGUUUAUCCUAUUGUCUGAAUCAUGUAUCCCUCUUUACAAAUUUAGCACAGUCUACAACUACUUGUGGAAAUCCAAAUUCAGCUUCGUCGGAGCAUUUGACGAUCCCGGGCCAUACGGAAGAGGACGCUACAACCCAAACAUGGCUCCUCUAGUAGAAAUUACAAAAUGGCGGAAAGGCUCUCAAUGGUUCGAAGUAAACCGAAAGCUCGCCGUCAACAUUGUUGAAGACACCGCUUUUUAUCCCAAGUUCGAACAAUACUGUAGACCAGCAUGUUACGUCGACGAGCACUAUUUUCCAACCAUGUUAACAAUUCAAGCAGGGAGCGCGUUGGCGAACCGAAGCAUAACUUGGGUGGACUGGUCGAGAGGUGGGCCCCACCCGGCUACAUUCGGAAAAGCGGAUAUUACAAAGGAGUUUUUCAGUAGAGUUCUUGGAGAUCAAAAAUGCUUAUAUAAUAAUAGAAACUCUUCGGUUUGUGUUCUUUUUGCUAGAAAAUUUGCUCCUAGUGCUUUGGAACCUUUGUUAGAUAUGGUGAAGUCAAAAGUCUUGGACUUCUGAUAAACAUAUAGAUGUAGAAUAAAAGUAUUUAGAAAAACUAGAAAUUUUGUUGUAUGGCAUGCAUGACAUGGUGAUUGCUUCAUUGAUGAUGAGUGCUACAUGAUGGUAGUGAGUGAUGACCUCAAUUUUCAUAAUUUUUUAGCCAUUUUUGAGUGUACAAAGGAACUUAUUGGAUCAUACACAUUUGUUUCAUUGAUUGUUUGGAUCUUUAUGUUUAACCUUUUCUUCACUUUCCUAAUAUACUUUCAUUAAUUAUUUAAAUUUUAGUAAUCUACUUGAUUAAAAUAAAUGAAUAUUU